AUGAGUUUUCCGACAUGUGGAAUUGUACACUGGGAUGGUAAUGUCAUUAGAACCGAAUUAGGUUACGACUAUGUUGGUGGCCAGCACCUUUUUUUCCGUAUUAAACGAAGGUUGAAUUAUGAGGAUCUUUUUAUGAAAAUAGUUCGUUCUAUAAAUUUGUUAGACCACAACGAAUUUAUAUGCAAGAUUGAAUAUAGAAAACCAAUUAUUAAUGAUAACGAUUACAAAUUUGAACUAGUUAAGCUGAUGAACGAUGCCGAUGUAGAGAUGAUGUUCGAUUACGUUAGUAGUCUUGGGUCUGAGAGCAUAGUCUUUUAUGUCGAUGUCGUUAGAGAUAUUCAUAGAAAUCAGAAUGAUGAUUGUGCUGGUCCCUCUUAUACUGAUCCAAAGACGAGGUCACACUGUAUUUUGCAUUCGAAUAUUGAUGAGCAAGCUGAAAUUACAGUCAGUCCAAUUAGUCCGUUUUGUACUGAAGACUUAAACUUUAAUGGUGUUGAUAGUCUUGUUAAUGAAGUUGUGGAUGAAGUUGAUGAAUAUGUUGAUUCAGAGAGAUUAUCUGAUUCUGAUAUUAACGAGUACGAAAGUGGUUGGAUUGAGGACGACGAAUUAUUAUCAGGUGAUGAUAAUGUUGUUGCUCAGUAUACUAAUCCUAUUUUGCCACUAGUUCAUCCACCGCCAUUUUCAGAAAUAGAUUUUGAAUUAAUGCGUGUGGACCCUUAUGCAAAGCCACCGACUGAUAUGUUUUGGAGUCCGAAUAUGGAGUUUUCUGUUGGGAUGAUUUUUCCAAACAGAGAUGCUGUCAUGGCAGCAGCUAAGGAAUAUCAUUUGCGUAGACAUCAUCAGUUCUGUUCUUAUGAGACAAAGAGAAAAACAUAUAGUAUUAUAUGCAAGAAUAAAAAGCAUAACUGUAAAUGGCAUAUGCGUGCUUCAAUGAAGGAGGGAUCUGAGGUUUGGAAAAUUGUAUCGUAUAAUGGGCCGCAUACUUGUUCAAAUGCAAUGGUUGAAAAAGACCAUCCUCAAUUGGAUAAUAAAUUUUUAUGUCAAUUUAUUUUGCCUAUGAUAGAAGAACAACCACAAAUUAAAAUAAAAACACUUCAGGCUGAAGUUAGAGAUAAAAUUGGAUAUGAACCUUCAUAUUCAAAAACGUGGAAGGCAAAACAAUUUGCAAUUAGGAAAAUUUUUGGCGGAUGGGAUGAAUCGUAUGGAAGGCUUCGUAAGUACAUGAAUGCAAUGUGCCACUUCAAUCCUGGUUCGAUCUUCAUAAUUGAAGAUGAUCCCCAUUACAUAAAUGAUCGUUUGGAUCGUACUUCUCGUGUAUUUGAUCGUAUGUUUUGGGCUUAUCGUCAAUCUAUUGAAGGAUUCAAGUAUUGUCGACCAGUAAUUUUUGUUGACGGGACAUUCCUAUACGGUAAAUAUAGUGGGUGUAUAUUGUGUGCAACAGGGCUUGAUGGAAAUAAUCAGAUAUUUCCAUUAGCUUUUGCUAUUGUCGAGAGGGAGGAUUCAGAUAAUUGGGGAUGGUUCAUGUCUUGUUUGAGAGCUUAUGUCACAGAACGCGAAGGUUUAUGUGUCAUUUCUGAUCGUCACAUUGGAAUUAAGAAAUCUAUGGAACAAGAUUGGUGGCAACCACCAAGUGGACACCAUCGAUACUGCAUACGCCACAUUUUGAGCAAUUACAACACAAAAUUCAAGAAUGCAACAAUGAAGGAAUGUUUGCGAAAGGCUGCCAAUCAUAACCAAAAGAGAAAAUUCUAUGACGCAAUGAAUAAAAUUAAGGAAGUCAAUCUCGAGACCUUUGAAUGGGCUGUGAAGAUACCUUUGGAGAAGUGGACUCGUUCCCACGAUGGUGGGAAGCGAUAUGGAUCAAUGACGACUAACACCAUUGAGUCUGUCAAUGGAAUGUUGAAAGGCUUUCGAGCCUUGCCUAUUACAGCAAUGGUCGAAAAAAUAUUUUAUCAAUGUGCGCAUUACUUCGAUACAAGAAGGAGUCAAUUUUUUCGGCAGCAACAAGAUGGUUAUCGAUUCACCCAGUCAACUGGUGAAAUCAUACAAAAAAAUGCACAGUCAGCAAAUGGCCAUCGUGUUACGACAUUUAAUCGUGAUGAUUUGGUUGUUGAAGUUCGAAGUUCAAAAUCUGGGCAAAAACAAGUUGUUAAGCUUAUAGAAGGUACCUGUACUUGUGGAAAAUUUCAAGAGAUGCGUAUCCCAUGUUCACAUGCCAUAGCAGCCUGCAUGUCGAGGUCUGUGGAUUAUGAGCAAUUCGUUGAUAGCUACUACACUCUCGAAAGGUCAAUUAAAUGUUACGAAGACAUGUUCAACCCAUUAGGUAAUUCAGACUAUUGGCCUGCGGAUUACGAAUUACCACUAAUUCCAAACAAGAACCGAAUAAGGAAAAAAGGGCGACCGAAGUCAUCGAGAAUUCAGAAUGAAAUGGAUUGGAGGGGUGCAAAAGUUAAUAUUCCUGGAAAAAAUCAUUGUUCUAUAUGUGGCCAAUCCGGACAUAAUAAAAAGACAAGUACUGUGAACAAACAUUUAUGA